ACCAACCACCGCUGCUCCUGCCGCUGAAUCCUUAACGUGCCAUUUUAUUACUAAUGGGCAUAUCUGGAAAUCAAAAUGUCAUCGAUAUACAGGACAGUAUCGCGUUUCUGAGGAUGCCAGCGGUGGAUAUUCAUGCGGGUUUCGCCGGACCAGUGCUGAUUUUGGCCAGUGAAGCUUCCUUGUAGUGAAUCGGAUGAUUGGAGCAGCUGUGCGCUCUCGCUUAGAUUGCAGCUGUCAUUGAUAUUGCACAGUGAACACAGGUAAAGAUGAUGUGCGAAGUGAUGCCCACGAUCAGCGAGGACACGGCGAUGAGCCAGCGCGGGUCCCAGAGCAGCGCCUCCGACCCUGACUCUCAUUUUGAGCAGUUGAUGGUGAACAUGCUUGACGAGAGAGACCGUCUGUUGGACACCCUAAGAGAGACUCAAGAAAGCCUGGCCCUCGCCCAGCAGCACCUGCAGGACGUCAUCUAUGACCGGGACUCGCUGCAGCGUCAGCUCAGCUCCGCACUGCCACAGGAGUUUGCCGCCCUGACGAAAGAGUUGAACGCCUGCAGGGAACAGCUGCUGGAGAAGGAGGAGGAGAUUUCAGAGCUGAAGGCCGAGAGGAACAACACCAGACUGCUGUUGGAGCAUUUGGAGUGUUUGGUUUCGAGGCACGAACGUUCCCUACGCAUGACGGUGGUGAAACGACAGGCCCAGUCUCCUUCUGGGGUCUCCAGUGAGGUGGAGGUCCUCAAAGCCCUCAAGUCCCUCUUUGAGCACCACAAAGCACUGGAUGAGAAGGUACGCGAAAGAUUGCGAGUAUCACUAGAGAGGGUCUCUGCCUUGGAGGAGGAGUUGGCCGCAGCCAAUCAGGAGAUUGUGGCCUUAAGAGAACAGAAUGCCCACAUUCAGAGGAAGGUGGCAUCAGGAGAAGGGGCCGAGGACUUGUUGGAGGGACCUGAUGCCCAGAAAGUUCAUGGCAAGCGGUUGUCUAACGGGUCGAUGGAGUCGGGGGACGAGGCCAGUCAGGUGGUGGAGCUGCAGGAGCUGCUGGAAAAACAGAACUACGAGCUGGCGCAGAUGAAGGAGCGCAUGUCCUCGCUGUCCUCCCGCGUGUCCGAGGUGGAGCAGGAGCUGGAGACGGCUCGCAAAGACCUCAUCAAGAGCGAAGAUAUGAACAACAAGUACCAGAGAGAUAUUAAAGAGGCUAUGUGUCAGAAAGAAGACAUGGAGGAACGGAUCGUGACUCUUGAGAAGCGCUAUCUCAGUGCCCAGAGAGAGUCCACUUCACUACAUGACAUCACAGACAAGCUGGAAAACGAACUGGCCAAUAAGGAGGCGUUCCUCAGACAGAUGGAGGAGAAGAACAGGCAGUUACAGGAGCGACUGGAGUUGGCGGAACAGAAGCUCCAGCAGACCAUGAGGAAGGCUGAGACUCUGCCUGAAGUCGAGGCUGAGCUAGCACAGAGGAUAGCAGCUCUCACCAAGUCUGAUAUGGAAGCUAAAUUCCAGGACAUGAACUGCAGUCUUAGAAAGGCGGAGGAGAGACAUGGCAGUAUCGAGGAGCGGAUGAGACAUUUAGAGGGACAGCUGGAGGAGAAGAACCAGGAACUGCUCAGGGCUCGACAGAGAGAGAAGAUGAACGAGGAGCACAACAAGCGUCUGUCAGACACCGUAGACAGACUCUUGACAGAGUCAAAUGAACGUUUACAGCUCCAUCUAAAAGAAAGAAUGGCCGCUCUUGAGGAGAAGAAUGUGUUAAUACAAGACUCUGACAACUACAGGAAGCAGUUAGAAGACUCCAUUCAAGAAAAGUCUCAUCUCUCGGAGGAGAUCGAGAAACUGAGAUCUGAAUUGGAUCAGUACCGGUUGAGGGCCGGAUCCCUUACGGAGCCCACGCUGUCACGGUCUCAUUUGGAUGCAUCUGGAGAUCUGCGUUUCUCCCUUGGUUCUCUUGCCGAGACGCAAUCGGACCAUUAUCGCUCCACCAAGGUGAUUCGCAGGCCCAGGAGAGGACGCAUGGGGCUACGUAGGGACGAACAGAAGGCUAAGUCUCUGGGAGAGCACGAAUGGCGCUCUCAGCAACUUGGCGUUCUGGGCGGCCACCCUUUCGAGAGCGACACGGAGAUGUCGGAUAUCGACGACGACGAUCGAGAGACCCUUUUCAGUUCGAUGGAUCUACUGUCUCCUGGAGGACAUUCAGAUGCUCAGACUCUAGCAAUGAUGCUGCAGGAACAACUGGAUGCCAUCAAUAAAGAGAUCCGGCUCAUCCAAGAAGAGAAGGAGUCGACAGAAUUGAGGGCAGAGGAAAUCGAGAACCGCGUGGCAAGCGUGAGCCUGGAGGGGCUGAACCUGGCACGGGUGCACCAUCCCGGAGCCUCCAUCACUGCCUCGGCCACCGCAUCCUCCCUUGCUUCGUCCUCCCCUCCCAGCGGACACUCCACCCCCAAACUCACCCCGCGCAGCCCUGCUCGCGACAUGGAGCGUAUGGGGGUCAUGACACUGCCCAGUGACUUGCGGAAACACAGGAGAAAGAUCGCAGCGGUGGACGAGGACGGUCGAGAGGACAAGGCCACCAUCAAAUGCGAGACCUCGCCACCUCCCACACCUCGCCAAGUCCGCAUGACCCACACGCUACCCGCUUCUUCGCACAAUGACGCACGCCUGACGGCUGCAUUAGAGACGGAGGCCAGUGCUCUGAGCAGUGUAGCCAGCAGUCAAGACUCCCUCCACAAACAGCCAAAGAAGAAGGGCAUCAAGUCCUCCAUCGGACGACUGUUUGGGAAGAAAGAGAAGGCCAGACUGGGACAGCUGGGGAAAGAGAUUAUGGGACCAGGACAAAUAGGGAAUGUAUCCGAUCCUGAGCUUUUAGGUCAGGAUAUGGCGGUGGGAAAACUGGGAACACAGGCCGAGAAAGAUCGCAGGCUUAAAAAGAAACUCUGUAUCAGCGGACACGAGCUGCUGGAAGAAGCCAGAAGAAAAGGGUUACCUUUUGCUCAGUGGGACGGUCCUACAGUUGUCGCAUGGUUGGAGCUGUGGCUAGGGAUGCCAGCGUGGUACGUCGCAGCUUGUCGUGCCAACGUAAAAAGCGGCGCUAUCAUGUCGGCCCUGUCGGACACCGAGAUCCAGAGAGAGAUCGGCAUCAGCAAUCCUCUGCACCGCCUCAAACUACGCCUGGCCAUCCAGGAGAUGGUCUCGCUCACCAGCCCUUCGGCUCCCCCUACAUCUAGAACCCCGUCGGGUAACGUGUGGGUAACCCACGAGGAAAUGGAGACCCUUGCCGCCCCCUCCAAAACGAAGUCAGAGUCAGAGGAGGGGAGCUGGUCACAGACGCUGGCGUACGGGGACAUGAACCACGAGUGGAUCGGGAACGAGUGGCUGCCCAGUCUAGGUCUACCUCAGUACCGCAGCUACUUCAUGGAGUGUUUGGUGGACGCGCGCAUGCUGGACCACCUCACCAAGAAGGACCUCCGAGUGCAUUUAAAAAUGGUGGACAGCUUUCACAGAACCAGUCUGCAGUACGGCAUCAUGUGUCUGAAGAAGCUGAACUACGACAGGAAGGAGUUGGAGAGACGCAGAGAGAGCAGCCAGCACGAGAUUAGAGACGUGCUGGUGUGGAGUAACGAGCGCGUGAUCCGCUGGGUCCAGAGCAUCGGUCUGCGCGACUACGCCAACAUCCUCUUAGAGAGCGGCGUGCACGGGGCGCUCAUAGCGCUCGACGACAACUUUGACUACAGCAGCCUGGCCCUGCUGCUGCAGAUCCCCAACCAAAACACUCAGGCUAGACAAAUUCUAGAAAGAGAGUACAACAAUCUGCUGGCGCUGGGAACAGAGAGACGAUUAGAUGAGUGCGACGAGAAAGACUUCCGCGGACCGUCGUGGAGGAGGCAGUUUCCUCGGCGGGACAUCCACGGGAUCAGCAUGAUGCCCGGCUCAGCAGAGACCCUGCCCGCCGGCUUUCGCCUCACCACCACCUCCGCACACUCACGCAGACUGCCGCCAGAGGUCCUGUACGAGGUGACGGACGACAGUCCCGACGACAUGUAUUUGGAGUGGUUUCAAGUUGGCCCGUCGGCGGUGCAGCGUCUGGACAGCUCCGCUGUGAGGACCUACUCUUGCUGAGAGAACAUCCGUACUAUAAGCUAGUCGUACCUUAAAGUUGGCCUGAGCAAACAACUCCGAUAAGUCACACUGCCAAGAGAACAACGGAAGCCUGCGUAGUACGGGGCGAGGAGGCGGAGUCCGAGGCGUGCCGGCCUCCCCCGUCCCGCCGGACGAGCCGAGGCCGUGACCCGGGCGUCCGCCGCGGGUGCCGCCGCGCUCUCGCUCUUUCUGUCUUUUACGCCGCGCGGCUCCUUCGGCUUAAGUACUGUGUAUUUCUUCUACGGGGGGAUGUGUAGGUUCAACUGUAAAUCACUAUAAAUAAAGCUCUUUUAUAUAUAAAUACAUAAAUAUAAAGAAAUAUAUAUACAUACAUACACGCACACAUCUGUAGAAAAACACACAUUCGGAGUUUGUGCGCAUUGCGUCCCUUAAUGUCACGGUUUUAAACCAUGCUGCUGUUACGGGUUUUUUUUCCACAUACACCAGAGAGACGCUUUUGACAGGCUGUUACUUUGUUCAUUUUUUUUCAUGCGUUUUGAGGCCUGGUGCGGUCUGCCAAAUACAAGCCCCUUGCCCAAAAGCUACGCCAACCCGUCACGGUCUACGUCACGCCGGUUGCUCGCUCUGUGGAGCCCGCUGUUCAUCUGCUCCAGGUACCACAAACGCACCUACUGAACCGUUCAGGAUUUUCAGAAAAAAACAUUCGCAGCCCUUUCCUUACUAAACAUCACGUUCAGGCAAACGUAUAUUGAUCAUCAACUCAAACAGCAUCGCCUCAAUCCUUGGUGCAUUGUUCGUGAAAGCCAAGUACUACGUACGGGAUCGCGAUAGGGAUGUGCCCGAACGGUUGCUCGCUAUUUGGAAAGGCGAGGAAAAUCAACCACGCGUUCUAAGGAGCCGCUAAAGGAACGCGGUUGUCCGCUUGCUAGCGGUUGCCUGUUGUAUUACGCUACAGAAAUGUGGUGCUACCACAUUCACAGAGUAAGAAGGGAUGACCGAUUGGAAGAUUUCCAAUGAUUUGCAAAUCCUGAGCACCAAUGACAAACAUGUAAUCUUCCAAAAUUUGUGCCAAGUACUACCGCUCUGUAGUACACCCCGAGUAUACAACAGCAUUUUAGUGCCACAAACAAUAAACAAGAUUACAUUCGUAAUAUUUCAAGAAUCCAGGCAAAAUUUGGACAUUUCAUUCAGAGUGUUUCCACAAUAAAGUCAAAAUGUUUCCUGAAUAAAGUCACAAUUACAUUUUAACUCACAAUUCAUUUCUUCAUGCAAAUACCAUUCUCAAGUUCAAAUAUUCCCAGAGUGCAAUCUAGUCUGCAUGAAAAUGGCCUGGGUCGGGAGCCCUGGGAGAUCUUUCAAAGGCUCAGCUUUCAAAAUCUGACACUUCUAGAGCCAAAUAUUAACAAUGUGUCUAUUACAAUAAUAUGUUUUUUAUGCUCUUUAUGUGGCGUGACAGAUCGCUGUGUUCACCUCAGCCACGUAUAUCAGUCGUCUUUCCCAUUACAGUCCACGUUCCUUUGAUUCAGUUAGGCUGUACUGUUUUUUUGGCUAUUCCUUCAAAUGUUCCUUCACUUUUAUAUCGUGCUAUAAACUUUAAAUAAAGUGAAAAAAUACAUUUUGUAUUUCGGGAUAAAACUGACAGAAUUCAAUGUUACAUUAAAAGCAACAAAGCACAAAAUUACUGCUGUUACUGGGUGGCUGGCGCCCUACUAAUCACGGAUUGAAGACGUUAAAUAUUAUUUCCAAUCGUUUACUCCAUCGCAUUGUACCCUAAACAGCUCACCAAUAGUUCAGAAAAAACUAAAAUAUAGCAUACAUUCAUGAGUUGAGGUCCACUUCAGUCUUUUAAAUGUUUUUUUUUUUUAAUCAAAUACAUGUGAGGAAUGGAAUGAAAGAUUGGACACCACACAAAUUUUUACAAAGUAGGUGGUGCAGUUUUUUUUACAACACAAUGUAAUUUCAUGAAACGAAUGACUCGUAAUCGAAAAGUCGACUGACUCGCUCGUACAGUAAUCUGUCCCACCAUAAAACAGCAUUAAAAACACAUUAAUGCAAGACACAUUGGGCCUCAUUCACUCACUCAGAACUCAUUUUGCCGUAAAUUGCUUGGAAAGCCGUUCUGACAUCAAUUUUUGAAUUUAUUAAAAGGUCCGCACUUUCAAAAUGGUAAAUAAAUAUACACCUGCUCCCUACCACGUGUAAAUGGUGCGCAAAAUGUUCUGUCUUCUUUUUGGCAAACUGAUGACACUCAAUUUUCAUGCACUGCCGUAAUUUGCCCUUGCCCUCUUUUGGAUUGUUUUUUUGUUUUUGUUUUUUAAGCUGUGUUGAUAUCUUUACAACACAGCACUCAUCACUGUCACUAUCUACUCAGCAGUAAAUAGAGGACAGGCGGGACAAAUACCAACCAUCCAUCCUACUUGGACAACGACUGCCUACAAUAAUGAAAUAAAUUUUACUGGUUACUGAUUUUUUAUAUUAAGUACAAUUCUUUAAACUUACAUACUACUAAUACGUAGUCUUUUUUUUUUAAGGCCAUUUAUGCAAUAUACUGGAGGCAAACCUGAGCUAAUUGUGAAUGAGAGUGCACAACCACCAUGUUUACAAGUGAUUGGAACUGGAGGACAGUUUUUGGGAAAGUCUGUUUUACACGCAAUUACUUGGAAUUUACUCAUAUAUUUACACUUGAUUUUUUCAUGAUUGAGGCGCACUGUUUGUGUUUCACUAUAAAACUGGCAGAUUUGGAAAGCUGACACUUUUAUAUUAAAACUACCAAAAGCACAAAGCUUAUUGCUAUUAUUGGCUGAUUGGCACACUGCAAAUGAAUGCGAUUGACCGUGUAAAAUCUUACUUUCGAGCAUACUGGGCCUGCCAAUAUAACACAUGCUAUGAUUUCCGCUAAUUAUCGCACAUGUAUUCAAAUCAAUUCCAGCGGCCUGGCCACAGUGCUCCCAAACCAGGCCAUCUGCAUGUGCAGGCUAUACUCAAAAAAUUACAACUUUAAAUUGCUACAAUUUAAUAGUCUUAAUUCUGACUUUAUUCUCCAAAUAUUACAACUUUAUUCAUAAAUAUUACAACUUUAAUCUAAUAGUUUUACUUUUUUUUUUUU